AGUGGCGCAAAGCUAAAGAUGGUGGAUGGGGUGAUCCUCACGGGAGUGAGUUGAAUUCAGUUUAUUCUCGUAAUAAACUUUCGCUUUGGCUUGAAAAAAGUACUAUUCAAUAAAGAAAACCACCUUUGUCCUGAACUGGAGCCAUGGAAAAGAAUGAUGAUGAAGUGACUAAAAGCAUGCCGGAAGAAAUGAAAAAUAAGAAUAAAUGGUACGGAGAUGCGAUAGAUUAUUGGAAGGAGAUUCCUGCCACAGACAAUGGUAUGCUUGGAGGUUUUGCUCAUAUUUCCAGUGCCGAUAUUGAUGGAUCAAAAAAGUUUCUGAAACAAUUUUUGGAACCACAAGUGAAAAAGCAAAAGACAGAAAGCGACCAACCCAGAACACAAUCGAGAGUUGCAUUAGACUGUGGUGCUGGUAUUGGUCGGGUUACUAAGCAACUGCUCAUUCCUCUGUUUGACAAAGUUGACAUGUUAGAGCAGAACAAGGAUUUCUUAGACCAUUGUGAUGAAUACAUGGGUGAUCUAAGAAGUAAAAUAGAGAAUCUUUAUCCUAUUGGACUUCAGGAGUUUGACCCAGAGCCAGGCCGAUAUGAUGUGAUUUGGUGUCAGUGGGUUAUGGGGCAUUUGACUGAUGAUGACUUCAUAGAAUUUCUUAAUCGAUGUAAAAAAGGCUUGGCUGAGGGAGGGAUAGUGUGCAUAAAAGAAAACAUUGUCACCAGGCAGGAUUAUGAUAUAGAUGCAGUAGACAGUAGCGUAACAAGAUCUCAUCAACAUUUUGCAAAGCUGUUUGAGAGGGCCAAUAUGACAGUUUUGAAGAGAGAAACUCAAUCCAAUUUCCCAAAAGAAAUCUACAAAGUCAAUAUGUAUGCACUGGUUGCUAAUGACACUCAAGAAUAAAUUACUUACAGUAGAAAUUUUAUUUAUUUUAUAUUUUUGUGAUAACUACUACCGGUAAUAAAGGAUGCUUUGAUAUUA